UAGCAUUAAAAACCUUCUAGUGUAAGGGAGGGGGCGGGAAAGCCUGCAGCAGCCAACAUCAAAAUGUAGGUGACUAGCUGUAUAGCUCCUGUGAGUCCACAGUAUCACAAUGAAGAAACAUUCUGCACGAGUGGCCCCUCUCAGCGCUUGUAACAGUCCGGUUCUUACCCUCACCAGAGUGGAAGGUAAUUCUUGUAUCCGCAGCAACUGCGAAAAUGGGAAGGUGGGGACAAGAUUACCCUGUGGGACAUCUGCAGUCAGAUCAACAUCUAAUUCUUGGAUACUUGGGGGUGAUGAACUUGAAGAUCAUUCUCCAGCAUCUCCUGCUCCUACUGAAGCACAUUUACAGGCUGCCGUUGAAGCAAAUGGACCAUGUCAUCAGUGCUUUGUGAAAUAUUCAGUUACACAGAUAAAAAAGUGCUCUUGGGGGAUUGCCAUAAUCCUGUGUGUUUGCUCAUCUUGGUCAGGGUCAACACAACUUGCAAAAUCAACACUCAGCCGGUUUGAUGCACCAUUUACUCUUACAUGGUUUUCAACCAACUGGAAUUUUUUCUUCUUCCCUAUAUAUUAUGUUGGAUAUGUCCUAAAAUCUAAUGAAAAACAGUCUCCAAAGCAAAAAUACCAGGAAUGCUGCAGAUUUUUUGGAGACAAUGGACUGACAUUAAAGGCAUUUCUUACAAAGGCAGCUCCAUUCGGUGUUCUUUGGAUACUAACAAAUUAUCUUUAUUUACAUGCUAUAAAAAAAAUAAGCACAACUGAUGUUUCUGCCUUGUUCUGCUGCAAUAAAGCCUUUGUAUUUUUACUUUCCUGGAUUAUCCUGCGGGACAAGUUUAUGGGUGUUAGGAUUGUAGCUGCUAUUUUUGCUAUUGCAGGAAUUGUGAUGAUGACUUAUGCAGAUGGAUUUCACAGUCAUUCAGUCAUAGGAAUUGCAUUGGUGGUUGGAUCUGCAUCUAUGUCUGCACUUUACAAGGUGUUGUUUAAGCUUAUCCUAGGUGGUGCCAGUUUUGGUGAAGCAGCCUUAUUUUUAUCAGUUCUAGGCAUAUUUAAUGUUUUAUUUAUCACCUGCAUCCCUAUAAUUCUUUACUUCACAAAAGUGGAAUACUGGGGUUCUUUUGAAAAAAUUCCCUGGUGCAGCCUUUGUGGAUUCUCUUUUCUUCAACUAACAUUUAAUAUUUUGGUAAAUUUUGGAAUUGCUAUCACAUACCCUACUUUGAUAUCAUGUGGAAUUGUCCUGAGUGUACCUGUUAAUGCUGUUGUGGAUCAUUACACCAGUGAAAUUGUCUUCAACAGUGUCCGGGUUAUUGCCAUAGUUAUAAUUGGAUUAGGUUUUUUUUUACUCUUAUUACCAGAAGAUUGGGAUGUUUGGAUUAUAAAACUUCUCACACGUCUAAAAGUGAGGAAGAAAGAAGAAUCAUCUGAAGCAAAUGGAACUGUAGUUCAAUUCAGAUGCUACAGAACACGACCAUCGUUCACACAUUAAGAAUUAUAUUUUAUAUACUGUUUAAUAAGUGUAUUUAUUCAGUACAAAAGAAAAAUCACCACAUGUAAAUUUCUGUACAGAUUUUUUUAGCCAUAUGAGGCGUGUAAAAGAAUAUUAAGUACAUGUUUACAUUAACAUACUAUAUGAUUAGUUUUCAAAUAUAAAGGUCCACUUUUUAAGUAAAUGCAACAAGCUAUAUUUCAAAAUACUGUUAUCAAUGGAAGUACUGCAAUAAAGAACA